AUGGCCAUUUGGGCCAGACAGUGGCUGCUUAGCCCAGAGCUCUUUCCACUGUUGGCCUUAACCUUCCUGCAGGAUCAGGGAGUCCCAGCUGAUGCCUCCCCCUUCAUCUGGCACCUCAGGCAAAAAGAGCCAGCAAAGCUGGCUUACCAAGUCAAGGGAUGUGAGCUUGUUGAAACCCCUGAUCAAAAUGACACCCAUUUUACGAAAUGCCUUCAAGUCCUACAGAAGAAGAUAGUAGACAAAGAUCUCCAGCCGGGAAAGCACCAACUGCAUGUAGACACGGGAUUGGAGGGGGAUUGGUGUGGCCUUGUUCCUGUUGGACAACCCUGUAAGCAAGUCACCACAACAGGCCUCAAAUGGAACCUCACCAAGGAUGUCCUCAUGUUCGGAACGCUAGUCAGCACUUCCAAUACCUAUGAUGGCUCUGGAGUUGUGACCGUGGAAACAGAUCAUCCACUCCUCUGGACCAUGGCCAUCAAAAAGGAACCCAGAGAAUGACACUCCAGGCUCCAUCUCUGCCUUCUCUAAUUGGAU